GUGGCUAAGCUCACAAUUACAAUUUUCAGAGGACGUUUUGGAUUAGGACCCACUCCGGUUAACGUUGGCCCGCUAAAGUUGCCGGUUGGAUUUCUUACAGACUUGGAACUUCAUUGAAAGCCGAGCUUGAGAAACGACCACAUUUAAUCCCUUCGAAUCCAGCACCCAACCCAUCCACGCCGUUAUGCUGUCUCGACAGGCGAUCCGCUCAAUUCGAGCUGCAGCUCCCCAGCGGACCCUUGCCCGCGCUCCCGUACGCUCCUACGCCGCCGCCGCUGGCGCUUCUACCCAAACAGUGAAGCCCCCAGUCGCUGUCUAUGGUCUCGACGGUACCUAUGCCACUGCCCUGUACACGGCGGCCGUGAAGUCUUCCUCCCUUGACCCGACUGCGAAGGCCUUAAGCACCCUAGGCAGCCUUGUCUCCAAGGAUGCCAGGCUCGCCUCGAUCCUAAGCACUCCUACUCUUACCGAAAAGGACAAGAGCGCCAUCAUUGCGGAAUUACAGAAGAAUGUUGGUGCCGGAAGUGCAAACGAAACCGUCAAGAACUUCCUCGCGACUCUUGCUGAGAACAACCGCCUUGGAAUACUCGAGGGAAUCUGCGAGAAGUUCGGCCAGAUCAUGAGCGCGUCCCGUGGAGAGGUUGAAUUGAUCGUUACCAGUGCUCAGCAAUUGGACAGCAAGAUCCUCUCCCGCCUAGAGACCGCCGUCGCCAAAUCUCAGUACGUUGGACAAGGCAAGAAGCUGAAGGUCACCAACCAAGUCAACCCGGAUAUCAUUGGCGGACUCGUCGUGGAGAUUGGUGACAGGACAAUCGAUCUCUCAGUCUCAUCCAAGCUUGCCAAGAUGAACAAGCUCCUCACUGACACUCUGUAAACUAUUUCCUUUUGUGCGAGCGAGGGAGCUGCUACGGAGAGACGAUUUGCGCCGGGAAGGUUGGUUCUCCGCUGAGAUACCAUUUGUGUAUAGGCUCGUAAAAUAGAGGAAGCAUUCGUCCCCCAUUUCUAGCCAUCCGUUCAUAGAACAACCACCUACGUAAUCGAGAACAUUUUCAAUUGCUUA